UAAUUAUUAACUUUAAUAAAUGUUAUUGAUCGCUGCUUCCGCAAAAGCGGCACAACUUAAACAAGUGCUUACAUCUUUUGCUUCUGCAACUUCAGUUGUUUUACUUCAAACAAAACAACGGUUAAGCUUUGCUGUAAACAAUAAUUCUUCCCACGAAAGUAAUGGAAGUUUUGAAAAGCGAAGUGGUUUGGAAAUGCCUGUAAAGCCAAACUAUCGUGCACCAAGAUUACCUAUCAUCUUGUGCCAUGGUUUAUUUGGAUUCGACAAACUUGGUCCUUCCUCUAUUCCAUAUUUGCAAAUUCAUUACUGGGGAGGUAUUCAAGAAGCCUUACAAAAACUUGGUGCGAAGGUUGUUGUUACCAAGGUUCCAAGGACUGGUUGCAUUAAAACACGAGCUCAAGCAUUGCAUAAAAUGUUGGAAAAUGUUUGUUCAGGAGGAAUUGAUGUGAAUUUGUUGGCUCAUUCAAUGGGUGGACUGGAUUGUCGUUAUUUAAUUGCACAUCUUCCUACAACGCAAGUUACAAUCCGUUCAUUAACUACUGUAGCAACACCACAUCGAGGAAGCUCUUUUAUGGAUUGGUGCAGAGAUAAUAUUGGUGUUGGUGAAGCUGUAAAAGCUGUGGAUGAUGUUAUAAAGCGACUUGAGGACCAGAUGUCUCAAAAAAAUUCAAAUCAUGAAAUAUCCAAGAAUGAACAAUCUCAUAAUAAUAUGAAACCAUCUCCGCCCUACCGGGAAAAUAAUGAUAAUUACCAACAGAUAUCAAGAAACGUUAACAAAGAGAAGCGAAAUCAGAAAAUUAUUGAAAUUAACAAUCAUGAUUCCUCUUCUAAAGGGAGAGGUACAAGUAGAAAAUCAUUCCAUAUUCCAAUUCCCAAUUUACCUAACAUCUCAAUUCCAAAUUUAAAUUUUAAUAUUUCCUUACCAAAUUUUAGUUUUUCGAAUUUUAAUUUAUCUUCUAUACCACAAACCACUUAUUCUUUUCUUCAUCCAGCUACAAAAUCACUAAUUCAAGCAUUGGAUACACCAGCUUAUGGUAAUCUCACAACAGAUUUUUGCAUUAAUGAAUUCAAUAGGACUACACUAAAUCAUCCUUCAGUCGCUUAUUUUUCAUAUGGUGCAGCAACAGAUUUACCAAUUUGGUCACCAUUAUAUUUUCCUCAUCAAAUAAUUAAGGCAAAGGAAGGCCCAAAUGAUGGUUUGGUUAGCGUUAAAUCUGCUCAGUGGGGUAAAUAUGUUAAAACUGCUGAAUGUGAUCAUUGGGAUUUAACCGAUAGAUGGAGAAUUAAGAUUGGUUCCAAUUUUGAUCCCGUAGAGUUUUAUUUAAGUAUUGCUACUUUUUUAGCUAGUGAAGGUUAUUGAUUUUUAUGAUUUUAGUUAAUUUAUAUGAGUAUUUAAGUAGUAUUUAUUUAACAAAUAGAAUUGAUCAUUCCAAUCAGCUUUAUUUAAUUUUAAAUCAUGAUUAUUAUCGUACCCUUCUAAUAUUUUCAAACUAAUAGAAACUUUCUUUUAACAAUUGAGACGAAGGAUGGUUGCAAGAAUAUAUGAUAGAAUUGUACGUUCUUUGAUAAACACUUUAUGGAAAUGCGUGAAUAAAUUAUAUAAUUAAUAAAAAAUUUUCUAAUUAUCUUUGUCAUUCUGAUUAU